AGGUUCUUGAAACAUCAGAUGAGAGAUCAUAUACGUCCCAAAAGUCGUUAAGAGUGUUAUUAGAGUGUAAGGGAGGAGAGGGAGAAGAUUUUCGUUAAGGUUGUGUUAUACGUGAUGACGAACUGCAGCACAUAGAUUUAUAUAUAUACUGAAGUUCGAACAAAACAGGCGUAUCCUGUUAUCCUUUACAGUCUGUAUGUGAAUCAUUAUAUUUUGAAAGUAAAAAUGUCUAAAAAUUGUGGCGACCACCACGUCAAACGUCCGAUGAACGCAUUUAUGGUGUGGUCAAGAGGACAGCGAAGAAAGAUGGCCCAGGAAAAUCCUAAGAUGCACAACUCGGAGAUCAGCAAGCGGUUGGGUGCUGAGUGGAAACAGUUGUCCGAGGCCGAAAAACGACCUUUUAUCGACGAGGCCAAGCGUUUACGAGCUUUACACAUGAAAGAACACCCGGACUACAAAUACAGACCUCGGCGGAAACCAAAGCCUCUCUUGAAGAAAGACACCGGUUUCCUAUCUAUUGGACAGUGCCUGCCUCUGAGCUUUGAUUCUUUGCCCAAGAUUCCCCCUCACACCUUUCCACUACUGGACAGUGAAAAAGCAGUGACGGCUCGGACUUUCUCCUAUGAGUUUCCUCUGUCCUCUAGUUCGCUAAGACCUUCUUUCAGUAGCUUGUACAACAGUAUUAACGUUGGUAGUCUUGCUAAACUCCGAGCAGCAGCAGCAGCAGGAACAACUAAUGAGUUAUCCAGUCCUUUAGCUGGUCUCAACCCGGGUGAACUGCACUUGAAACACGCGGGAGCUCCUCCGACACCCUCUUUUUACAGUACGGCAGCCAGUAGCUUCUUAUCGUCACUGUCACAUUCGCAUUCUGCCGGUUCCUACGGGUUAGUGCCGUAUAAUUGUGGACCUGCCUACUUUUCUCCAGGCAGCUCGACCACAGUAACCUCUCAGACCCAAGAUGUACGAUCGCCAUUUACCUACCUGCUGGUAAAACCCGAAGAUCGAUUUUCACGUCACUCUCACGCACCGACUUUAUUUAGUGGAGGAGUAGUUUAAAUUUGAAAAAAAGAGAUAAAAUAUUACGUCUAUAAAUAAAUAUUGGUAAGAUCAUUACUGACCUUCCUUGUAACCAACCAACACGACGUCACUAGAGGGACAGUUAACAAUCCCUAGUCAGCGAUUGCUACAAAGAAACCAUAGCCUCAUGCCAAACGUAAUUGGCGAGAACGAGAAUGCUGUUGAUAAAGACCACCUGUGUUUAACUGAUGUCAUUUCUAGUUUGAUGUAUAUUUUUCGCACCAGAAAAUUUAUAUGUUUUCCGUCUAAUAAGUAUAGGUGGGUGUUUUGCACCGGUGAUUCUAAAUAUCGGUAGAUCAUUUUAAGAUUGAAUCUUUUGUUAAUAUUGUUUUAAUAUUCAAAAAUACGUAUAGCAUACAUUCCCCGUUUGUAAGUAAAUAUAUUGUGUUUAUGUAUUAUUGUGUUUAUGCGUAUUAUAGGAACACUUUGAGAAUAAACCUAUUGAAAUACAGGAUCCGCGAAUGCUGUAAAAGUUGGAUUUUAUUGCACCACAAAUAAUCCUUCAGUCAAAACUAUUAUAAAAUUUGGUAACAUUUAUUAGCCUUUUAUGUCUAUAAGUCAUCUGUAUUCACUCUGGCAAGCAGGGCAGUAAUAAUAUAGUCAAUGUAUUUUUUUUAACUUCAAAAAUGUAUGAAAUAUUAUUUGAUGAAUUAAUUGCAAAAGACUGACUUGUACAAUCGCCACUAAUAUUGUACUAUACAUUUUAUUUGAAUAUCUAUGGUAAGACUACUUUACAUACUUCAUGGAAGUAAACAAAAAUGUCAAUAUUGAUAGAACGUGCAAUGAGAAAGUUCGUGUGGAUAAUGCAUGAAACUUGGAUCUAACAGUCUCUAAAGACAUGAGGAUCCUAUUAGAAUACGUAUAAAAACCAUGGAAGCGAUAUCGCACUGCUCAUCAAGUUGAAAAUAAAUGAAUUAUUAACUUUCUUUGUAUUUUUUCCGAUACUUAUUGUAAAUAUGUAAAAAUGACAGAAUAGCGUUUUUAUUUAAGUAGUUUAUUUUGUUGACUUAAUCUGUUAAAACUUCACUAAAAUUGUGUGCAUAUGUUCCCUGACAGCUAUUAACUUGUAAAACAUGUUAAACCUAAGAUUUUGUUUGAUGUUAUUUAUUUUCUAUAUGGUAAUUUUAAACAAAGUAAGGUUAAUUAUAGAUUCAUGUAAUAAUAUUUAGCUUUACAAUAAAUGCAAGACGAAUGGGA